CAAUAAAAUAAAUUCAACAAAGCUUGCCUGGUGUUGCUUAGCAACAAAUUAACAAAUAGCUGUUCAAACGCAAAGAACUUUUUUCGAAUCUAACUGCAUAUCACAACAGAACAAAUAAUAAUUAUAUUUAUAUUAAAAUUCAAGUUUUAAUUAAUCAUGGCAGAUGAUAAGAAGACACAGGAAAGCGACGAACUGAUGAAUCGUAUACGGAAUGAACUGACGGCUAUACUGUCUCAAGAGGCCACAGGUGACGUAGACAGGGAGAUGACUAAUGAAAUACUUUUGAGUCCGAAUCCGUUGCCAAUUUUUGGAUUCUCUACAAAGAACAAAAAGGCUAAAAAGCCCUCAGGCGCCAUAAAGCGCCUUUCGUCUUCUGGUAGUGGAAAGAGCUCCUUAGCAAGCAGUGGAAAGGGCUCUUCAGCCAACAGCAGCGAAAAGGAUUUUACACCGAAGAAAGGUGACCAGAAAAUGGAACCAAAUGCUAAUUCCACAUCCACCAGUUCCUUUCAAAGAUCAGAAGCAUCGGGACAGUACGAAAGUCCGCCCAAGGAUCCCAAAUUUCGUGCCGAAUUUCUUGGAAGUCAGGCAGCCAAAAGCAUCGACGAUGAUCUACAGAAGAUGCAGUUGGAGCUAAAACAGAGCUACGAACUCUUUCAGGGAAUCGGUGAAAAGUUCGAAUCGGUGAAUUUUUCAGGCCUAAAUACUCGCAUUCGGGACCUGCACCUGAAUGAGACCAACAACGAGCUGGGUAAGGUGACGACCCACGAACUGAAGACUAUGUUCGAUACGCGUUUCCAGCAAAACCGGCUAGAUAAGUUGACCUCCGAUGCCAAGCAGGGAUUCAGCCGACAUCCAGGAGAGUUUGGGGAUAUCCCAGAGCUCAGUACAUUUUUCAAGGCAUGUACCCAGCUGGAGCGCGGCCUGGACGCACUGCGUCAGCAAAGACUGCGCAACAGCGAACUAGAAAAACGUAUGUGCUGGGCCACCGAGAUUGCCUACGAUCGUAUGGACGAAAUUCGCAAUGCCAUGGGCUCCGAUCCGGAAAAGGACAUUUGAAGAAUGUUCAUCAUUAUGAAACUUCAAAGAAUUUAAUUUAGUAAUUGUUAAUCGAAAAACUUUAUUCACACUAGCACACAGGUGAAAUACAUGAGUAUAUAUAAAUGCAUAUGCAA